GACCUCUCGGGCCGCCCACUCAAGCCUGCUCAUAGUCUUUGGGAGUCCCUUCAGUCAUCUUCACGCCCCGGGAGAAGCUCCAGUGGCUGCCUUUGUGACAAUGGCAUGUAAAGAAGGACCAAAGGAAAAUGAUGUUUCUCGAAAGACCACGGGCACCACAUCUUUAAAACGUCCCAUUUCAGGGUUCCCGCAAAAUACAAAGCUACUCUAAGGCCGGAAGUACUUUUGCCCCUAUAAAAUAUGGCAGAAAGCGUGCUCAUCUCCAAGGGAACAUCAUGUAAUUAGUCAAGGCGUAAUAUUGCGCACGCGUAGAAGCGCGCGUCGCCGGAAGUGAUGUGCCCUUAGUGAAGCGGCUGGCGUAGGACGCGUGCGUAACUGGCUCUUCCGUCAGCUGUGUUGUGGAAAUGGUGGAGAAGAAAACUUCGGUUCGCUCCCAGGACCCUGGACAGCGGCGGGUGCUGGACAGGGCCGCUCGGCAGCGGCGUAUCAACAGGCAGCUUGAGGCCUUGGAGAAUGACAACUUCCAGGAUGACCCCCACGCAGGACUCCCCCAGCUUGGCAAGAGACUGCCUCAAUUUGACGAUGAUGCAGACACUGGAAAGAAAAAGAAGAAAACUCGAGGCGAUCAUUUUAAACUUCGCUUCCGGAAAAACUUUCAGGCCUUACUAGAGGAGCAGUCUCCCCCUUUGUAUCUGCAGAACCUGAGUGUGGCCGAGGGACCCAACUACCUGACAGCUUGUGCGGGACCCCCAUCCCGGCCCCAGCGCCCCUUCUGCGCUGUAUGCGGCUUCCCCUCUCCAUACACCUGCGUCAGCUGUGGCGCCCGGUACUGCACUGUGCGCUGUCUGGGCACCCACCAGGAAACCAGAUGCCUUAAGUGGACGGUGUGAGCCUGGGUAUCCCUGGAGAGGAAGGCCCUCUGUGCAUCAGCCUGUCCUCAGAAAGGACAUCACAGGAAUGAAAGGUGCUCUCCUGGACCAAGAGAGGAACUGUUCAUUCACCCAACAACCUUGUGUCUUAUCCUCCAGAGACCAGGCUUACUCCCAGGGAUGUGGCAGGGAAGUGGGCCACCCCCCAGGGUACUGUCAUAAUAUUAAUAAAAGGUCUUAUGUGAGGAGGCA